AUGCCGUUAGUGAUCUGUUUAUCCCUGCAGCUCCGGUUACACCACAUAGACGAGCCAUCUCAGCUCUGCUCUGUCGUCAUCAGUGACCAGAAACUGAAUUCUGUGGAGCCAGAGGAGCUUAAGGCCUUUACAAACGUAGCCUACAUCAAUGCGUCCGAUAACUUCCUCUCUUUAGGAUUGUUCAGCUGUUUCCCGUCUUUGAGAGAACUUGAUCUGUCUUUAAAUCGAAUCAGCAACAUGGUCUUUGAUGCUGCUGCAUUCCCUCACUUGGAGGUCUUAGAUCUAUCCUACAACAGAUUACCACCUGAGGAUUUACUCCCUCUCGGUCAGAUCCCAUGUCUUAAAACUCUUCAUCUGUCUGGAAAUCGGCUCCAUAGUCUUCCUCCUGGUUUUGGUUCCACUCAAGCGGAUCAGUCUGAUAUGUGUUUUGAUCAGGGAGCCAAACAGUUUGAAGCUCUUGAAGUCCUGAUGCUUGAUGACAACAGAUUGACUUCUAGUGUUUUCUACAGCCUCAGGAACCUUAAGAGGCUGAAGCUUCUAAACCUACAGGGAAACCGUAUUUCUGAAAUACCUCAUCUGGAGAUGCAGGAGGGUCCAAAUCUGGGAAGGCAAAGUGAAGAUGAAGCCCACACAGAGUCUAAAAUCGACCACCGUCUCCAGAUUAUAGACUUCUUUCACUCAGAGAGGGAGGGAGGCUUUAGAGGCUCCAGUCCGUUUCUGCCUGAACUUCAACGCCUCAGUCUAGCUGACAACGAGAUCAUAUCAGAGGAAGCUCUGGUUCCUGCGGCUCUUUUCCCCAAACUUUGCGAGUUAGAUAUUCACUCUAACCCUCUGAUCAAAAAGAAAAGAGGAGACACACCUUUACUGACCUACUACCUUCAAGAAAAACUUGGAAUAACUAUAAAGAAAAAGAUGGUUAAAGAUGUUCUGAAGUUUCCCCACAGGAUGUCUACUUAUCCAGGAUGGGAGGUUGAAGAAAGCCUCUCAAAGCUGUCACACAGGGCUUUUAUACCGGAUGCAGCGCAUGUGAGACACAGGCAGGGAAUCAGAGGUAGUAGGAGAGAUCGGGGAACAACACGGUCCGAGGACAAGAAUAAAAAUACAUGUCAGGAAAAUGCAAAACAAUUCUUUAUUACUCAGAUAGAGGGUAAAACUGAGCUCCAGCUGGAUUCUUCUUCUAAUCAGAAGGAAGCUGCACAAAACAAAGAGGGAAAUAGAAUCAUGCCGAAACGACCCACAUGCUACGACAUGAUAAUGGAUGCCAAACCACUUCCCUAUAUCGGAAUUCAAACAGCUGUCUGGAUGCUGGAGCGAACACUAAGGAAGCCGAACAUCUACAGAGACUCCAAACCAAGACUUGAUAGCAUCCAGACACCAUACAGAGAAAUGAAAAAGAGGAUAAAGGACCUGCCACCUCUGAAACCGAUAAAACCACCGACUCAAAGGGUUGAGGAGUUGAUAAAGGAAAUGAAAGAAAGUACAACAGUCAAAGUUGUAGCCUUAGGCACUGCUAUUCACAACAAAGAAGUUAACAGAGCAGAUUAUCAAGAAGCUGUACGUCUGCUGAGGGAUCUAAAGAAAAAACACAAGAUGGUCUAUGAGAAAACAAUGGAACAAGAAUCCAGGGUUCAGUUUGAAAGACGCAGAGCUGAGCAUCCACCUCUGUAGACGACGUUACUUUGAGUGAAGUGGAAGAAAAUAAAACACUUGUCAAAGACAA